AUAAUCCUAAAUAAUCUGGCCUACGUCACUUUUCUAGGGUUCUUUCUUCUUCUUCUUCUUCAAAAUCAAAAUCAAAUCCACGCACAGAUGAAGGUUCACCCGGUGCCCAGAAAACGCAACAUCACCCUCCGAUACGACGUCGCAUCGGUUCUAGCUCAGGCCAACAGCUGCCGCCAGAAAAAACUGCGGCGGCUCCCCCACAUCUUCGCCAAGGUUCUAGAGCUCCCCUUCCACUCCGACGCCGAUGUCACGGUGGUGGAGACGCCAGACUUCCUCAGAUUCACCGCCGCCACCGACGACAUCACCGGCGACGUUAGGGCCGACGCAAUCGAGAUCUACCCUGGGGUUACCAAAAUUGUAAUCAGGGGAAACGGAGUCGUUGACUUGUCCGGAACCGAGUUGGAACUGGAUUUGUGGCGGUUUAGGCUUCCGGCCACGAUGCGGCCGGAGCUCGCCACCGCCGUAUACGAAGACGGCGAAUUGGUGGUCACGGUGCCGAAAGGAGCGGCGGAUGUGGAGGAGGAGGCGGAUGGCGGCGCAGAGGAGAGUGGGAGGCUUGUUCUUGUACAGUAAAGUAGAUUAAUUUAUCCUCAGCUUUCGCUUAUUUUUUUCCCUCCUACAAAUUACUCUGUUUACGAUUAACAACGCAAGUUCGAUCUUUUAUGAUUAAGAAAACCUAAAUAGAGAUGUCUUGUUCUAAGUUCUUUUAUGAAAGUCAUGCUACUAAUUAGUCCAAUUAAUUAGAUUGAUUGUAAAAGAUUGGUUAGAACUAAUUGCUCCCGUUUAGUGCUCUUAAACAUGUGCUAAAUCAACGUCUUAUCUUUGGAUGGUUCAGAUGAUUAAUGC